GGGAUCCAGGGAAAAGUGGGGGCUGGGAUGGUUCGGAGGGAGAGGAUUCCUUCCCGGGGUGUAUUCUGGACCCGGGGGAGUCCCCUGCCCCAAGCACAAGGUGCUGAGGGGUCGCAUUCUGCACCAUUAGACCCCCGGGAUGAGGAGUGCAGGGCGCUCCGGGAGGGGGGUCAGAUCGGGGGAAUUCCUUCCCGGGGUGUAUCCUGGACCCGAGGAGUGCCUCCCCAUCGCCCAGGGUGCUAAAGGGUCACGUCUUCUAUGUGUGAGACCCUCACCCCCAGCCCAGGGUGCUGAGGGGUCACACCCUGCACACGUGGAGACCCCCGGAUGGGGGCUGCAGGGGGCUGUCCUUCAGCUGGAGGACUCUUCCCUCUUGGGGUGUAUCCUGCACCCAGAGGAGCCCCUGCCCUAAGCACAGGGUGCUAAAGUGUCACAUUCUGCACGUGGGGAGACCCUCCCCCCAAAACAAGGUGUUAAGUUGUCACAUCCCCUACCUGGGGACCCCCCACCCCACAGAACAGGGUGCUAAGGGGUUAUAUUCUGCAGCUCGAGAGACCCCCCCUCUCCCCAGCCCAGGGUGCCUCAGGAGUGGAUCCUGCAUUGGAAUGUGCUACAGGGCCACAUCCUGCACCCUGUGGAAUCUCCAUCCCAGGGCAGGGCUGGAUCCUGCACCUGGGGGACACCUUUCCCUCAGCAGAGACAAAUCCUGUACCCCAGAAUCCCCCCCCCUCUUCACAGUGUCCUGCAGGGACACCCACCCCAUCCCAUAUCCUGCAGGGAAACCCCCACAAAGACCCUGCAGGGUCAGGGGCUGCACCCCAGGAAUCCUCCCCCUCAAAAAAACACAUCCUGGACACUUUGACCCCUUUUGCUGCCCCUCAGCACCAGGAAGAACACCACAGAACGUGGUCCUGCACCAAGAGGGGAGAGAGCAGAUCCUGCACCCAGGGGAUCCCCCACCCCAGGAUCCCCCAGGCAGGGUCAGGCCCUGCCCAAGCACCCCUGGGUGCCGCCCCAGGCCCUGCUCACUGUGGCACUUACUGAACCCCCAGAAACCCCCCAAAUUAAUGCAGAAUAAACCACAUAAAAAGUCUCACAGGAACACCCCAGUACCAUCCAGAACCAGCCACCUUGGGCUAAUUACAUUAACGAUACUAAUUAGUGCACUGGGGCAGGGGGGACCUGGGAGCAGGGCCAGAUUCACCCCAGAGAACAUUUUGGGCAAGAAUGGCUGGUUUGGGUGCAGGAGAUGGGUGUGCAGGUGUGAGGUGGUGUGGCCAUCCCUGUGCUUGUCCUCAUCCCCACCCCUGCAGCUCCCAGACUGUUGAGUGGGAAGGGACCCACAAGGAUCAGUGAGUCCAGCCCCCAAGUGAACAAUGCCCAGAGGGAUGGAACCCAAACCUCGGCUUUAUCAGCACCAGCUCCAACCAGCUGAGCUCAUCUCGGGCUCUGGGUGGGCCCUGGGUGGGCCCUGGUGGCUGCAGCCCCAGCUGAAAGCAAUGAGCUCCCUCCCUAUUUAUAGGCAGCAGAUUCCCCCUUCCCUGUGUGCUCCUGGGGGAGGACAAGGCUGGAGGAGCUCUCAGAGAGGUGUUGGAUCCACAGCAGCUGAGUGUCAUCCCAGCACCGUGUGGGCAGCAGGGAUGGAACCAGGACCCCCAGGCCCCCCUGGCCCCCCGAGGGUGAAGGCAGCAGAUGGAUGUGCCUGGCAGAGCCUCCUCUGCCUCCGGCCCCCCAGGCCGAAGAGGAAGGUGGCUUAUUCUGCCUACAUGCACAAGCUUCUAAACCAGACGUGGUCCUCCGGAGAUUCCUGCUGGGUGGUUUCUGCCCUGGCUGGGCUGGGCGGCCUGCGGCUCCUCGGGGAUGUGGCGCUGGAGGCUGCCAGGCUGUCCCGCGGCAGCCGCAGGAGCCGCCCCGGCCGCCGGGAGGUCCUGCUGGCCAUGAAACUGGUGCUGCUGCAGGAGCUCUACAAGCCUCCUCCGGGACCCUGAGCCGGGAGCUGAGGCAGGACGGGACAGUCUUUAGAGUAUUUUAACGUGGAUUUGGUAAAUAAAGGAUUUAUUGGCAUCGUU